UGGCCGCACAGGCUGCCGUUCGCGGGCCUCUCCGAAUCUUCCUCCCGCAAGGAAGGUUUGAAAGUUGGGCGGGUGGCAGCAACCCUCGACUCAUUGAUCCAAAGGUAUCUAAUAGCUGAAAAGGAGUUAACAAGAAUUUCCAAAUGUGAUUAGAAAGGGAAUUGUACCAGUGGGAAAUGGGAGAAAAAAGACUUAAGGAUGGAAGAAGCAAUGAAAGGUGACAGGAUGGUUGAAGAUAGUGGAGUCUCUAACUCAAGCAUUGAGUUUUGGCUGAACAAGACUCUUGAGUGGGAUCAGAUCACCACUUUAGAAUCCCAGCAAGAUGUCUGCCUUCACUUGCCUGAAUUACAGGAAUUUCUCCUGCAGAUUUAUGGAGCUUUGAAACAUAUGAACUCGACAACUGCAGUCCAAAAAUUUCCAUUAAUUGGUCAGUUAUUAGGAAGACUUUGUUGGAAUCCUUUUGUCAUUGGUUAUGAUGAAUGCCAGAAGAUUCUGAUGUGCUGCUUAUGUUGUCUGUACAGUGGUGAACCACAGAACCCUCUGGAAUUGAAGGCCAACAGCUGGAUACAAAAGACAUUGUGCCAUCUGCUGUCAUUUUGUGGACUGGGAAAUCAUGAUACUGAUACUAAUAAGUUUAUUUCAACUCUUGGCUUCACAUCAGUAGAUUACUACUCUAAACUUAUUGAAAAUAUAGUCUCAUCGUUAGUGACGGAACUCAGCAGAACCCAGGUUAAUGGAUUUAACAGUCAACAAAACAUCUCUUGUCGAGUAACCUCCAUGUCUCUUCUCUGCGUACCUCUUAUAACUCUGCCUGAUAUAAAACCACUUCUUGAAGCUCUCCUUAACUAUCAUGAUCAUGGACCACAAGAAGUGCUUCACUCUCAGUUUUUAGAAGCAGUGAAUGAGGCUAUACUACGGAAAAAUAUCUCAUUAUCUGAAACUGCUGUUCUGCAAUUAUGGCUUCGUCACCUUCCUAGUCUGGAGAAGGCAAUACUACAAAAUAUUGAACAAUUAAUAUCCAGUCAAACAAGGUCAAUGCAAGAGAUGGCAUGUGUGAUAAAAGAUUCUUUAUUGAAUCGAGCUGCAUGGCAUCCAGCUGUCUUCAGAACUAUUGAUGAAAUUUUCAAGAAUGCACUGCUGGAAACUGAUGGAGCUCAAGAAAUAAUGACUGUAAUGCAGGUGUUUACACAGUGCUUUGUUCAAGCUUACCAUGAGAAUAAUAAGCAGCAUAAAUUUCCACUGAAGGCCUAUUUUCCUCAUAAUCCACACUCACUUGUGAUGACUCUCCUUAAACUUCCUUCAGAUUUUCCCGGUAAUAGUGUAUAUCAGCAUUUAGACCACCUUGCUGAAAUUCUCAAAACGACAGUAGAGGCCAAGGGCUCUGAGUCUUUGGACGAACUCUUCAACAGCUGGUUUUUGUUGGUUCACUUUGGAGAAUGGGCUGAUCUUGCAGCAAAGCAGUUGCUGUUGUCACAAGCAGAGUCUUCUAACUUGUUGUGGCUUUUGGUAUUUUACUAUAGUCCAAACAACAUGAAUCGGCAGAGAACUCAAAUAAUGGUAGAAGCUAGAACUGUGUGUGACUAUCUGACAAGCCUCUCAAGGAUGCCAACCAUUUCUGUUGCAGACCUACAAACUUUAUUCAGCAGCAAAACCAGUGUAAAUCAUUCUGCAACUAAACAUAUUGUUACGCAUCUGAUGAUCAGCUUUGUGCUAUUUACUCCUAAUGGACACACCAUAGCCAGAGAAUUGAUUGAAUACAUUCUAGCUGAAAGUGAUGAAAUCCCACAAGUAACUGGACUUCUUAUCCAUAUCUCAAAUACAGCUAGCCAACUUGGAGUGAAAUAUCAGUGCUCUGUAAAGCUAGCAAAUGAUCUGCUCCAGGAAUUCCGAUGUGGUGCUUAGUACUAAUUCAGAAUUAUGGAAUAAAAAGAUAAGAAAGUACCCGUUUUCCAAUGGGCAUUUUCUGAAAGAGUCUGGGAGACAAGUCUGUUAUUUGUAAUCUAUAUAUUAUGACGUUCACAUAUUUUUUUUGCAUUUGCAGAAGUAUCUUCAAAGUUACUCAAAAGUGCAUUGUAAAGCUGUUUUGUCUUUAUGAGAAAAUGUUUAAAAAGUGGCAUGUUUAUUGAGGCCAUCAUUUACAAGUUUGAUCAAACAGCUUAUUUCUGCUAUACCACUUAGUGGCAUCUCAGCCUCAUUACAAACAAGUUUAUUAGUGAGUCUUUUUGAACUAAAUGUUUCCAUUAGAUCAGUCACCAAACACCUACUUGUGUUUCUUCUAACUUGUUUUUCUUCAACAGGAAGCAAAUAUCAUAUUUUGUUAAAGUGGCAUUAGUCAGCAAAUGUAUUUUCCUUUCCUGGGGCUACAUGGACCACAGACCUUUCCUGAGCUGCAGACUUUGAACACUGCCAAGGAAAGAUUUGUGCAAUUUUAAAAUUAUUAUUUUUUAAAAAAAUCCUCCUUUCGUAGCAGAACUGUCUAACAAGCUAUUAAAAGUUUGUACAUACAAGGAUAAAAAGUCAUAAUGUCUCCCAAUUUGCAACUUAAGACUCUCAUCUCAAUCUCAAUAAAUAGAAGACUUAUUUGGAAACCUCUCUCAUUUUUUAUAAUGCACAAGAAGAACAUACCUCCUAGAAACUGCAUUUGAAUUUUCAGAAGUUUCCUUUAAGGCUUCUAAUUUAAAUCUCCUCCCACAUAGGAAUAAUGGAGUUCUUAUGCCAACAUGUUUUUUGAGGGAUGGGAUGAGUUCCAAAAACAAGCAGGAGAAAAAGUGUAUUCACAAACAUUAGAUACAAUACAGUAAAUGAUUAACAUGAGCUACAUCAGGAUUUGAUUGCUGAGCUGUAUAUAUAAAUCUGGCCAUUCUGCCCCCUGCACUAUGUAACUGGUGUCUGAAGUAUGAUAUUCUGGAUCUCUUAAUUUAUAUAAAGCCUUAAUGUUUUCGAUUCUGCCAACUAGCCUUUUAAACCUAGAAAAAAUUAGUUUCUCACACUACUGUAUGCAAUACAGGGAUUUCUCUGCCCCUUAGACUAUGUAACAUCUUUGCCAAAUUAGGAUCUGGUCCUCCCACUCCUGGAAAUAAAUAAUGUGACCCUUGUAGAAUUGCAUGAAGGACAUCAUUCUACAGUUAAUCCUUCAACUUGCAAUCCUUCAAAAUUAUAAUGGCGCUGGAGAAAGAGGCUUAGGAAUGGUCCUUGCCCUUAUGAUUGUGGCAGUAUCCCCGCGCUCAAGUGAUUAACAUUCAAGUGCUUGGCAACCAGCAUAUAUUUACCACAGGAUCACAUGAUUGCCAUUUACAACUUUCCCAGCUGGCUUCAGACAAAGUCAAUAGGGGAAACCAGAUUUGUGAUUCGUUUUACAACCGUGACACAAAAAGUUUGUAUAAUUGGACAUGAUUCACUUAACAAUGCGUAGCAGCCAAAGUUCCAAUCCCAAAUGUGGUUGUAAAUCAAGGACUACUUGUAGUGUUUUCCAACAUCAUCGCCUAGAGGAGAUCAUUCAUUUCAAAGUACUGAUUGUAACAGGCUUUUUUUUUACUUCCAUUUUAGAAAAUACUAUUUCUUGCAACAAUACUUGUAGAGCUUUCUUAGAUCACUAAUGAACUCAAGGUGCAUUUUUGGAUUGCCAGUUUAAAGGAAGUUAGAAAAACAGCCUGUUAGGAGGUACCUCAGGAACUCCUAAUUCAAAACCACAUAUGUGCUGUUUACUAUCAAGCUGCCUAAUGCUUGAAAAAUUGACGUUCCUCCCCCCCUUUUUAAAGGCAUGUUCAUAGUUGCAAUUUAAAUGCUAUCUUAACAUUGAUUCUGGGAAUUUGCACAGGGGUGGUCCAUUUAAUACCAAAUGCCAGAACAGUUUCCCUUGCUUUUUCUGGCUGUAUUCCUUCAACCAACUGUCUGAGUCUAUAAAAGGUGUUAAAAGCCCUUGAGCUGCUUUCUGAAGGGCUUAAGUAUACUCAAACUGACUAGGCCCUUUUAAUGGCUAGCAUUCUACAGACACCAUAACAGUGACUGAAGUCUUGCAUCCCCAUUGCCAUCCUGCCAACCCACAAGCAACCUAACCAACUUUCAAUUGGCAAGCAGCAAUCCUUCAGUAGUUGAUUUCUCCCUAGACUGUCAUUUUGUUUUAAGCAAUAAUAAAAUAUAGAGAGAAGAAAUCGUUUUACAAACAGCUAAAGGUUUGUCUUUUCCACAUUAAGCCUCCCUUAUUAUUAAUCAUAGUUCUCUUUAAUUGGCUAAUGAAAAAUAAUGACCAGACUCAAAUUAGCCUACUUUGGAUACAUUACAUGAACACCUAAAGAAGGCUCUAAUAUUGGGAAAGGUGGAAAGGAUUAAAAAAAAAACCCAGCAGAGUGGAUGGACUGAGUUACAGUGGCAAUGAGUAUAUCUGUUAGAAGCACCAGAUUAAGAACAGAUUGCCAUUGGGAAAAUAUAUAUAUAUGGUUCUAAGAGUUGAUACGAAUUCCAUAAUUAACCUUGGGUCUUGGGCUCUUUUUAGGAGGAAGAACACUAUAGAAAUAAAAUCAUUAUUUCAGCAUGAGAAGAACUGGAAGAAAAUGUAUGAAUUGUGCUGUGAUAAUGAUUUUAUUUCUAUAGUGUUCUAUAUGUUCCACAUUUGGAUUAAGAAUACGUGCACUAUCACUCAUCUUCCAUGCAUUAAUGUCAGAAACAGGUCCAUAUACAACAGCGCUAAAGACUAUCUGUUGUUUUAACACUUUAUAUAUUCUUCAUAUGUUUUAUGAAGGCAGGUUAUAUAAUCUUAUUUUUAUGUCAAACAAAAGCCAACCUGAAUUCUUAUUCAGAACACAAAACAUACACCUAACAGAAUUAAAAUACGAAACAAAAGGAAAGAGAUGUCACUGGCAUUCGGUUUCUCUUGUCUAAACUUACAUUAAUUGAUCUUGUGAGCAUCAAAAUAUUGUUACUUUGUACUCAACACUACUGAAUGCAUGUCUGAUGUCUUUGGCAUUAAAGGGGAUUAAUUGGCAAUUAAUUGGCCAAACAUGUCAACAGAGGUCUCUCUCUUUUUUAAACGGGAGAGCUGUGAUGGAAUGGAAGUGGAUGCACAUUUAAGAGAAAUGCUUGAAUGUAGAACUGACAUUUACCAAAAGCGAAAUAUUUCUUCUGGAUGUGGAUUGCUUUUUUUCUUCAUGGUUUUGUUGUUAAUAAAGUAUGCUAUCCAGAGCUUU